AUGCAGCAGCACUUUGUUCUGAGUGAGAGGGGGCGCGGGAGCCCCCCCGACAGGCAGCAGCGGCGGGACGUGGGGGGGCCCCCCAGGAACCUGCCCUUCCUGGGGAAAUCCUUCUACCUGGAUCUGCCGAGCAGCAAGCCGACGCAGUUUCUGGUGGCGACGAUAAAGCAGCUGGGUGGGGUGAUUGAAAGUUUCUUGAGUAAAGAAGUCAGUUAUGUGGUUUCCAGCAGCAAAGAGGCCAAACUGGACUGUGUGCCUGGGAAACAGACUGAGACACGGAGCAGUGCAGCUUCAGGCGAUGCCAAAGCAAAAACUCUGCCCUCUUCUGUGCCCAAAGGGAGCCGUGGGGGGCCUCAUCACAAGCCAGCAGACAGCGCUCUGAUCAGCAGGGGCAAGGAGCUGCUGCAGAAGGCCAUGAGGAACCAGGACUCCAGCAGUGGCAGUAGCAUCCUUGCCAGUGCCCGCUCCUGGGGGGUCCAGAUCCUGCAUGUGGAUGACAUGAUGGCCUAUGUGCAGCAGCUGCUGUUCCGCACAACCAGAGCAAGGAAGAAGAGUGAGAAGAUGACGGUGAAGUGUUUCUCAGUGGGGCCAGGAGUCCUUAAAGUGAGGAAACUGAAGCCUCCGUUUCUGAAGAUCGAGGACCAGAGCAGGAGAUUCCGGCCCUUCCAUCACCAGUUCGAGAGCUUCCCUGACCUGAACUUCCUGGCACCAAGCAGAUCCAGCCCAUUUGAGCCUCUAAAAAGCCCAUCAAGCUCCUGCAGACUGAGAGCCCCGGAGGCCUGCCAGCCCCUCAGCACGAGAGAGGGGAGCCCCCGGUCCGGCCCGGCGGCGGUGCCCAAGAGGAGGAGGGGGUAUUGUGAGUGCUGCCAGGAGGCCUUCGGGGAGCUGCAGACGCAUCUCCAGAGCCCCCGGCACAGGCGCUUCGCCCAGGACGCCUCUCAGUAUGCAGCUGUGGAUCACGUCAUCUCCCAGCUCCGCCACGACUUCGCAGAGCUCCCAGGCUGUGCCCUGCCCCCCAGGGCACCCUGCUCACCCACAGCUGGCGCUCGAGCACAGGCCCUGCCCCCCAGGGGCGCGCCAGCCCCAGAGCUGGGCCCGAGGCACCGAGCAGCCAGGGAGGCCGAAGCGGAGCAGCAGUGCAGUGCAGCGGCCAGGCUGGGCGGGGAGUGCUCCGUGCCCCGGGAGAAGGCCGGCCAGCUCCCUGUGGCUGAAGAAUUGCUCGCGGGGCGCCCCCUGCUGGGGCUGUGGGCUGAGCAGACGCUGCGACCCAGGCUGGCUGAGAGGGUCCCGGCUUGGGCUGCUGUUAACAGUACAGUGGGGGCUGCUGCCCCUGAUCCCAGCCCGUGGACCUGUGCCAGCAGGAGCCUGAGUGGAGAGGCAACUACUUGCUCCCCUGAACCUGCCCCCUGGGAUGCGCUGGAGCCCCCAGGAGCAUCACCCUGCCCCAGGAAACGCAAGCGCUCUGCCAGCCUCCACCCGCAGCUGGCAAACAGGCCGAGGUUGCGGCAGCGCCGCGAC